UUUUUGAUUUAUUGUAGGCUCAUCAGUUGUGUACUGGAGUGUCACUUGUUAACAUAACAGUAACUGGUUGUACUGUUAGUAGUUCCAGUAGUACUUGUUAUUCAUCAACAAAUGUAUCCACUAGUAGAUCUAGUUCUUAUAAUAACAUUUCACUUGUUGCCAUUAUAAAUCUUCCAUCAAGAGAGAUACUGGACACUAAUAUCAUCUUGUACUAUCAAAAUGGAGCAGUGUUUGGAAGCACUACUAUAAGAAUCAGUACUCAUAAUUUUCAACACAUAGCAGUGGUUAAUAUUACAUAUAACAAAGUUUGUCUUCAGUUUGAGUUUGUCAAUGGCAGUACAACUGAUAUUAUUUAUAUUCACAUCACUAAUUAUGAAGAGCCAGUUGAUCAACCAGUGUAUUACAAUAUAUCUCGUAAUGAUCAGUUGAACUUUACUCAUUGUAUUACUAACAUACCAGCUGGUAAUAACUUAACACUGUAUGCAUGUGAAUCAAUAGAGGACUGUAUUACUAAUCCUGCUGCUGUAUUAACUGGUAUUGGUAUUCCUGCUAUAGUCUCUAGCACUAUGCUGACAAGCUACAUAAGUUCACAUAAAGACUCAUUAGAAUCUACUUUUGAUCCCAUCAGCUAUAGUUCAUCAUUUCUGUUAAUGUAUACUUCAACAACUACAGUUUCAUCUACAGUUAGAUCUACCAUGAUGAUGGAGGAUUGUAAUAUAAGGGAAAGUCAAAAUGAGGUACCUGUCACUAGCGCAGUAUUGAUUAGUGUAUUGAGUGUAUUCCUCAUACUAUCACUAAUGAUUAAUGUUAUUACAUUAACUGUGUGUUACUGCAACAGGAAAGGAAAGAAUGAUCAAAGUUCACAAGAACAAGAACUAUCAUCAGUUAAUCCACAGUAUGAGAAUGUACAUUUACCAGUUCCACAAUCAGAACUAUCAAUGAAAGAAUGUGCUGCUUAUGGUGUAGUGGAAGGUACUAGGUUUUAAGACUUCAUGAUAAUCAACUAUUAGAGUUUAUAUAAUUUUUAAAGUAAAUUUUU